AUGGCAUUUCAUGGCUUAUCCCGAACCGCUCGGAGCCUCCGCAAGCUCCGCCAGCGCCACUCGUCUCUCUCCGCCGUGCACACUUAUUUCCACUCGCCUCCACCCUCCGCCGACUCGUGCCACCUCUUCCAAGUCUCCGGAAUUUUUCCCUCCAAAAAUCAAGUUUACAAUGACAGCAAUUCAUUCCGGUCAAUUGGAGCCUAUCACCAUCUUCUUCAGUAUUCUAGCUUUUCCACUGUACCAUCCGAUGAGAAACGAGAAAAAUCGAAAAAUUCCAAGGGUAAUGAGUGUGAUCGGUCGUGGAUUGAUGUUUAUUUACCGGAAAAGGCGCGGCCCUACGCUCGGCUCGCUCGGCUGGACAAGCCGAUAGGGACUUGGCUCCUGGCUUGGCCGUGUAUGUGGUCAAUUACGAUGGCGGCAGCUCCAGGGAGCCUUCCGGAUAUUAAGAUGAUGAUGAUUUUUGGAACAGGGGCGUUGCUGCUGCGUGGCGCAGGGUGCACUGUCAAUGAUCUAUUAGAUCGAGAUAUUGACACCAAGGUAGACAGGACAAGGUCAAGGCCCAUAGCAAGUGGUGUACUUUCACCCUUCCGGGGAAUUUGUUUUCUUGGUUUUCAAUUGCUUUUGGGGUUGGAAAUUCUUCUGCAACUGAACAAUUUUAGCCGUGUUCUGGGAGCUUCAUCUCUGCUGCUUGUCUUUUCAUACCCUCUGAUGAAGAGACUGACGUAUUGGCCUCAGGCCUAUCUUGGAUUGACAUUUAACUGGGGUGCUUUACUUGGUUGGGCUGCUGUUAGAGGAAGCCUUGAUCCUGCUAUAGUGAUCCCUCUUUAUGCAUCUGGUGUAUUUUGGACCCUCGUUUACGAUACAAUUUAUGCACAUCAGGACAAGGAAGACGAUAUGAGAGUGGGUGUCAAAUCAACAGCCUUGAGGUUUGGAGAUUCAACGAAAGAAUGGAUUUCUGGCUUUGGAGCAGCAUGUAUCGGUAGCCUUGCUCUUAGUGGAUAUAAUGCCAAUCUUGAAUGGCCAUAUUACGUAUUCUUAGCUGGUGCAUCGACACAAUUAGCUUGGCAGAUAUUCACAGUUGACCUUUCAAGCCGUGCUGAUUGCAACAGAAAAUUUGUAUCCAAUAAAUGGUUUGGAGCUAUUAUCUGCAGUGGGAUUCUCUUUGGAAGACUCGUAUCUUAGCACCAGAGUCACGGUCGAUGGCUUUCCUUAUCUUGAAUACAUUCCAAACAGCACCCGCACAAUGCCCUGCAGUUUCAAACGCGUGCUCCAUCGUCUCUCCAGCUUUGUCUCCAUACCUGCUUUUCCAUAAACCGAAGAUGAAACACAGUUCAGAACAGAAGAUCUCGAGUGCCAUAACUCGGCCUGCAUUGGCUUACCUGUUUGCAUCAAGCAUUGUCAUUUCUUUUCAGCGGCUUCAGCUGCGUCUGUUAUUUUGUCUGUGGAUUCACAACAUGACCAUAAACUGAUUUUAAACAUUUACAAGAAACGAGAAAACUCGUGUCUGAAUUGAAAUACGAGGAAACACUUGAAAGGAACUUACUAAGGAGUGCAUCAAGGGAAGCCAAGAGCACUUCUCCCGGCACCAUAGACAUGAAAGGCCGGGAUUGAACAAUUGGCGCCAUGACUGCACCAGAAGCACCCUCAGCCACAUUAAGCAUGGCUUUGCUCAAUUUCUGUCAUCUUCGACAAUCUCCUCGCGCUGCCACAAAAUAUAUAGUAUAUAAUUUUGAAUUUCAUGUACGAUAUUAUUGUGAGUGAAGAUACUGUUUCAAGGUUC